UUGCUCCCCCCCUCCCUCUCUAACUCUCCUCUAUCCCUCUUUUCCUCUCAUACAUUCACUGUUUCUCUCUCUUUCUUUCUUACUCUCCUUGUUCGUGACGCAUCGUAUCCCCGCAACAUCGGUUCACAGUUACUUCGUGCUGCUUCUAGGUUUAAGCGAAAGGGAAAAUGUCGACGGGCUGGUGGGGUACGUCGUACCAGCAGUGAUUUUUCCUACUAUAUUCCGACGUUCACCACGGAAUAAAGGAAAUUUCGUAUCCUAAACGCCUUCGUGGCACAUUGAAAUCGUCAAGACGUCACUAGAUAUCUUCAGGCGUAAGCUAAAAAGCUCUGAUCUAAGAAAAGAGAUAUUCCAACGGUAGUUUAGGAUCGAGUGAGACUGCCUGCUACUUUUCCCUUUUGCUAGGACCGUGCGCAGGGAGAACAGGAAAGCGUCGUCGAACUAAAGAAGCGUAAAGAAGCCACGGGUGACAUGGCGUCGGCGGUGACGCUGGUAAUGGGAAAGAGCGAUUUUAUUGUGGCUGGCAAGUAUCGGUUGUUAAGGAAAAUCGGUUCGGGUUCCUUUGGCGAUAUUUAUCUUGGUAUCAACAUCGCUAAUGGCGAGGAAGUUGCAGUCAAAUUGGAGAACGUGCGUGCCCGCCAUCCACAAUUGCUAUAUGAGUCCAAAUUAUAUAAAAUAUUGCAUGGUGGCAUAGGAAUACCGCAUAUACGUUGGUAUGGAACCGAACGCGAAUACAAUGUCCUUGUUAUGGAUCUCUUGGGACCAUCCCUUGAAGAUCUUUUUACUUUUUGUUCGCGAAGGUUUACAAUUAAAACAGUUUUAAUGUUGGCGGACCAGAUGAUUGGCAGAAUCGAAUUUGUCCAUUGUAAACACUUUAUUCACAGAGACAUAAAGCCGGAUAAUUUUUUAAUGGGCAUCGGGCGUCAUUGUAAUAAGCUAUUUCUCAUAGAUUUUGGACUAGCCAAAAAAUAUAGAGAUAGCCAGUCGAGAAUGCAUAUAGUCUAUCGAGAAGAUAAAAAUUUAACAGGCACAGCAAGGUAUGCAUCUAUCAACGCUCAUUUAGGCAUUGAACAAAGUCGUCGAGAUGAUAUGGAAUCACUUGGAUAUGUACUUAUGUACUUUAAUCGAGGAUCAUUGCCUUGGCAAGGUCUCAAAGCUGCAACUAAAAAACAGAAGUACGAAAAAAUCAGUGAAAAGAAAAUGUCCACGCCUGUAGAAGUUUUAUGCAAGGGAUUUGCUGCCGAAUUUGCAAUGUAUCUAAAUUAUACACGAGGAUUACGCUUCGAAGAGAGCCCAGAUUAUAUGUAUCUACGUCAACUUUUCCGUAUACUUUUCCGUACGUUAAAUCAUCAAUACGACUAUACAUUUGACUGGACAAUGUUAAAGCAGAAAGUAGCAACCUCCAGCCUCAAUGUCAAUGGCGGAACAUCUGGAGGUACACACGGUCGAGUUCUUGAAGGCAUUCAAGCACAAGUACAAUCUGCGAUUCAGCCACCUGCUAAAACUAACGCUCAAACAGGAGCACGUUAAAGCUGUGGAAUUUUACUAUCAUCAACCCCAAUUAUGAUCAGAGGUAUCUCAAUCAAGGUGCACAACUUGAUCUAAAUUUUUGUCCGAAGAGUUAAAUCAAGCGGCUCUCUAAGUCCAAAGAGAGAAAACGAAUGACCGCGAUGGAACUUCGGAGUUUAUAACAGUGGUGAAAUAUAUAGAUUGCACGAUUAUGGAUGGAAAAACAACAAAACAUUACAGUGAUUUAACCCUUUUAGACUUGUUGGUAUUAUGCAUGUAUCAUCAAGUUGAUUUUAUUUAUUCAUUUUUCCUUCAUUAUUUGAUUGCCUUCACAUAGAAAAUGUAAAAAAGAAAACAAACAAACAUGCUAUCAAAGGGUUAAGUACUUAGAGUUUCGAUCGAACCAUCUCUCUCUCUUUGAGUUAAGCAUCAAUGCAAAAUUGACUAAACAUGGCUUGUCCCAUUAUUUUGAUAUCUGGUUUAUCAUUGAUUAUCAUUAAAAUAAAGAUAUUGAUUACCCGAAGAUUUUGUUAGAAAGUGCACAUAUAUGAGAAUCCAUUGCGUACUUUUCAAGGAAAGAAGGAGAGAAUAUCUUAUUCUUAUGAGACCACACUUAAACGAUCGCUAGAGUAAAUCGUAAUAAAAAUUUUGUAUUUACUCUAUAAAUAGAAAACAAAUACAAAAAUGGCCGAAAAUUUAUUUUGCAAAAUCACAAAAGCAUUAAUUUGUGUACUGACAAAUAAGUACAGAAAUUGCUUCCUAUAUUUUUUUUUUGUUCCCAAUAUGUAAUACGAAUAUAGUGUGAGUGGGCUUUUGCGAGAAAUGUUAAUAUUUUUCUUACCUCAAAUAAUAUGUCAAUAGAAUUGUACUAAAAUACAUUAAUGUUAAGACAACAAUAGUUGCAUAUUUUCUUGAGAUAUGCUAUACGAUUUCAAUUAGAGGCAAAACAAAAGGAUAUUAACUUUUUCAACAUUUUUAUCGUUUGCUCUCUUUCUUUCUAUCAUCGGCGUAUUUGACCGACAACAACAGUGAUAUAUAACGGUAUUACUGUAAAAAAAAAAA